AUGGCUGAUGUCCAUCUGCUAGGCCCGAACGUGAAAGUAUGGAUUAACGGAGGUCAGUUGGUUGCCUAUGUGGAGGAGGAUGGGUCGUUUACACUCCCAGAUGUUCCGGAGGGAACACACUUGCUGGAGGUCGCUUCCCAUCUCUACCAUUUCGAUAAGAUCCGACUUGACGUUUCACCGACUGCUGUCAUGGCCUCAAUAACAUAUUCUGGAAUGGGAUGGUCAAAACUCGGCCCACUCGUGUUGACCCCACUUGCACUGUCGCCCCGUGGGAAGUACGAUUUCUUUGUGCCACGCGAAGGCUUCAAUCCCAUGUCACUACUAUCGAAUCCCAUGAUCCUCAUGUCAGGAUUUUCGUUAUUGAUGUUCUUUGCAUUACCGAAACUGAUGUCCAACAUGCCCGAGGAAGCUGUUCAGCAAAUGCAGGAGAGGCAGCAGCAGCCACCUGCAAUGCAAAUGCCCGAUGUCAGUCAGAGUUUGGCGAAUUGGUUUGCUCCACAACAACAGCAGCCGAAGAGUGGUCAAGCCGCGAGGGGACAGAAGAAGCAUUGA